GAACCUCAACUCCGUGAUGGAGGUGGCAAACCUCCCUCUAGCCGAAGACAUUCCCAUAGCUUUUGACAGCUGCAGAAAGGGCCCACGGGCAGUCAGGUGGCGGUCCGAUGCAGACUCCCAGAUAUGCUGGAUAGAGGCACAGGACGGAGGCGAUCCAGCAGUGGAGUGUUCUCCCAGGGAUAUAGUCUACACUCUUGAGGCAGAUGCGGCUUACAAUGGCACUGCACCACAGGAACUGGCUCGCACAGAUUUUCGAUGUUCUGGUGUAACAUUCUGUGAUGGCGACCUUGCACUGGUGUAUGAGGCAUGGUGGAAGACCAGGAGGAGUAUUGUAAAAGUCAUCGCACCUGAUAGGAGGUCUGAGGAGCCAAGAGUGCUGUUUGACAGAAAUUAUGAAGAUGUAUACAACGACCCAGGCUCCCCAAUGUCACGCCGAACAAGCAAUGGUUCCUCGGUUCUUGCCAAGAUUGAUGGAGAAAGGAAACUCUUGAUGCAGGGCUCUGGUGCCUCUGAGAAGGGGAACAAGCCAUUUUUGGACGUCUUAGAUGUGGACAGUGGUGCCACACAACGUAUAUGGGAAAGCUCGCCUCCUCAUUUCGAGUACGUGUCCAGCAUUCUCAACGAUGAAGAUGACCGGACUAUAGCGCUGGAUGGUCUGCAAGUCCUGCUGUCACGGGAAUCUGUCCAGGAAGUACCUCAAUACAUCGCCAAAACGUUUCACACUGGUGCACCGAGCACUGAAAAGCCGAUGACCAAAUUUCCCCACCCUUAUCCACAGAUGAAGGACAUACAGAAAGAGAUUAUUCGCUACAAGCGGGCAGAUGGUGUUGUGCUGACGGCCACUCUUUACCUUCCUGUUGGCUAUGACAAAGACGUUGAUGGGCCAUUGAAAUGCUUGAUGUGGGCAUAUCCACGGGAGUUCAAAUCGAAGGAUGCAGCUGGUCAGUUGAGGCGCUCCCCAUACGAAUUCUCCAGCAUAGGCUCCACUGCACCACUGUUGUGGCUGGCAAGAAAAUAUGCAGUCUUGGAUGGACCUACAUUCCCAAUUGUCGCCGAGGGUGAUGAAGAACCCAAUGACACAUAUGUCGAGCAGCUGACAGCCAGUGCAGAGGCAGCGGUUAAAGAGGUGGUGAGGAGGGGCGUCGUGGAUGAGAAGAACAUCGCAGUCGGUGGCCAUUCGUAUGGGGCGUUCAUGGCCGCCAACCUUCUGGCUCACUGCCCACAUCUGUUUGCAUGUGGCAUAGCAAAGUCGGGAGCCUACAACCGAACUCUUACACCAUUCAGCUUUCAGGCGGAACAGAGAACUCUGUGGGAGACACCUGAUGUCUACAUCCAGAUGUCGCCAUUCAUGAUGGCAGACAAGAUAAAGAAGCCUCUGCUCUUGAUUCACGGGCAAGACGACAACAACCCAGGGACAUUUCCCAUGCAGAGCGAACGUUUCUACCAGGCCCUGAAAGGCCACGGAGCCCAAUGCCGACUGGUGUUGCUUCCGCAUGAGAGCCACGGGUACCAAGCAAAGGAAUCAAUCAUGCACACACUCUAUGAAAUGGACAGAUGGCUGGAGCUCCACUGCAAUAACGAAUAG